CUGCUCAGGUCCUUAUGUGGUCAUCUCCUAUUACAGUGGCAAGUUCUUGCCUUACGCAAAAUGGUAGAAACUUCGUACUUGUCAAUAUAUUGUAUUAUUACCACAUAUGAUGUUAGGGAACCCUGAUGCAAUUUUUUCUGCCAGAUAUUUUGAUUCAGACCAGGAUAUGAUGAAUAAAGUCACCUUCGUGGUCGAAUGUCACCUAACCACAUUUACCACAGGAAACCAUGAUGUCCAGCUCACCUUCAACUUCUGAAAGCCCUUCUCGGGUGCACAGCCUUUCCUCAACCUCCCUUUCGUCUUCGAGAUCUAGUUCAUCCUUCUUCUACCACGGUUCUCAUGCUUCCAGCGUUACAGAGAUUUCAAGCAGCCCCCCAGGUUCUCCAAAUCUGCAAACAUCGUCCCAAAAGACCAAGGGUUUCAUUGCUGUCGCAUCCGCAAGGCUAUCCAAAGCCUGUGGGCAGGUCUCACACGCACUCAGCGACGCAACUCCUAAGGACUUAAUGUUCCGUUCUCCCAUAAACCCUGCUAUUGUCGAGGAGGAUGUGGGAUAUGAGUCGGAUGGUGAUAUUCGCGGGGCGAAUAUGAAAGUUUCUUCAAGCUCUCAGAAUGCAAGACCCAAGUUCUUACGAGUGGACACAAAACAACACAAACGAGCUGCUUCCAUCCUCCACCCGUUCAGUGUGACCACCAAAGCCAUCGCUCCUAACUCAAAUACUACUCACAAACGCUCGCUCGCUCGUCUUGAUACUAUUUCUAACACGCGCGCUAUUCCGGAUUAUGAGCUCGCAACUAUGACGCUAUCGAAGCCGCCUGCUGGACUUGGCCUGACUCUACCGUCAGUAUAUCUUUCGAGGCCCAUCCCUCGUGCAUGCACAAUGCCAACUAUGAAGUCCUCCUCUGGACACAAUCUGAAAGACUCACUUCCGCAUCGCCCACCAAACCUACCACCGCAGACUUCCCAUCUGUAUGAGCCACCAAAGGUUCACCUUCGCCCCAUAGAGCUUCCUGGUACACCGUCCCCUAUGGAAUACCUGCCCCCCAGCAUCAUGGCGUGUGAGAGUCUGAGUAGAAAGGUUAACCAAUCCUCGUCUGUGCUCCCUUCGCCGGUCGAAGGGUUGUCACCACUCUGGACGUUCCCUCCCCUGACGGGCUUCGCACCACUUGAAGCAAUGCCUCAGAGUCCCCUGCUACUCCGUCAGGGCAGUGUUGGAGGCUGGAACCCAUACUUCCCUUCCGUCUAGUUUAUCCAGCACCAUCGAACAACCCGCGCGUCAAAGUUAGAUGAUAAAGUAGAUAUACAUAUCGAUGAUAACAACCUGUUCACGUGUAUGCAUUGAAAUGAACGGCAGCUGCAGCAUAGAGCGUAUAUCAUUUUAUUAUGUGACAGCAACAGGGAGACCCAUCGCGAUUCGGCUGAUAGGCUGGAUGAUAUCUGCAUCAACGCCAAGUCUAACGUACGGGAGGCCCGUCCCGUCGCUCGCGAAAUCAGGUGGGUUAGUACCGGCGAGGAAGGUCUCAGCCUGCCUCUUGACAUAGGCCGUAUUUUGAGGGGUCUGCGGAACAGCUGGGAUGUACAUGACUGGACAUCGACAGAUCAGAUCUGAACAUUUACACAAAGCUCAUUG